AUGCCUCGUGAUGCCGGCCCCCGCAAGCCCACCCUCAAGCAGCUGGCGAAGCAGAAAGCGAAGGACAUCAAGACCCGGGAGCGCAACGAGGCGACGUUCGCAUCCGCCGUUCAGCACUCCAAAAGCACCAUACUCGACGUGGACAUGCGGUUCAUUCAAGACACGCUGACCCAGAACCCGACUUGGAUUUCUCCACUCGCUGGUCUGAUCCGCUCGGGCUCGUUGAAUGGUCUUCUGAAGGACGUUGCCAAGAAGGAGGAGACCGGUGGACUGAGAUGGAAGGGCAAGUGCACCAAAUGGGGCAGUUUGCCGCUUGAGAUGGCGAGCUUAAUGCUCAAGCAUUGCGGUGUGGAGCUCGCGGAGGACGUACAGAAGGACGAACCCGUCGUACGGACCCUCUUCGAGAUCCAGUUCUGGGCAGCCAAGUCGGCGUCCUUGCCAUCUCGUGCGGACAUUCGCUAUCAGUCCACGUUGGUCAAGUUAGCGAGGGCCCGCAUGGAGGACGUUGGUCGCAACUACAUAGCUGCGGUGAACUCGGCGGAGGCUAUCAGUGUUGACCGGGACAGGUACAACAUCUGGUCACUUGAGAACAACACGUUGUACUGCCACGUCUUUGCCACACAAGAUGGACACCCUCGCCGUUCCCGCUCGGAGUUCGUACCCAACGAGUCGUACCUCAGCCACGAGCUUCCUACUCUCCCGGACAACAAGACGUGGCAAUUGGACGACCCUUUUGCGGUGGACUGUGUCAUUUCAGAUGGACAGCAUAACUCGUUGUUCAGUUUUGAAUGCGCGAGUUUCUUUCCUACUUUGCCGGACAUGAAGGCCAAGUGGACCUUCGACUUGUCGUCGGACGCAGACACCACGGACGCUCUGAAAAAAGAGAUCGAGUCGCACUUUCUCCAGAGUUCGUUCUCCCUCCUCAAGCAGCAGGAGCACGCUGCAAACGCCGAGAAGAAGGGCACCAAACGAAAGGCAUCCUCGCAGCAGAUGCAGGACGACAUGGAGGACGACAACGAGCAAGCGGACAAUGAGGAGCACACGGGUGACCAGAUGGAAGAGGUAGCAGCUGGACGAAGCACACGUUGUACAGAGUUUGCCACGUCGAGCUUUGCAACGAUUGUUCUUUUGCAUCAAUGGCACCAGGGUAUGCGCAAAGAUGCCAAAUGGAAGAAGCCGGCAGAGGAGGUAUCCAAGCUGGCCGGGGAGUUGCUUCAAGGCCUCGCUUCCUUGUUCCUGCAGACCCCGCAGGACUUCUCAUUCACGUGGGACGGAAACACUCUGGUGCUGCCGUUCAAAGGAGGUUCGCUGGACGUGGACGAGGUUGUACUGCAAAACAGUUUACUUGCUAAAGUACUACACCGCGAUCGUUCCCGAUUCAUGGACGUGCUGCAGGAUGUGAAUGUGGACUGCACCCGUCGGACAAUUGGAGACACUCGCAAGUCAUCUAGUUUGAGGACGAAGUACUACUUGUUGGCGGCUUUGGCACGUGCCAUGGAUUCGUCGGACGACACGCAUUCCUGCUGGACAUCUUUGAAUGUGAAGCAAGUGAUGCAGCUUAGGAGCACCUCCGGAUAUCGUCGGUCGUCCACGAGUUUUCGACAAGAGGUUGCGAGUUCAUCGAAUGCCACACGCAGGACACUUACCUCCACAUUGCAAGGACAUGCGUUCACCGUGCAGGACAGCAGCGAACAGCAGGACGAACAAAAGAUCAAGAAGCACGCUUCUAUGGACGCACACAGGCUAGCACGCAUGGAGCGAUACGCCUAUGUCACGCAGGGCAAGUCAGAUUUCCUCUCGACGGACAUUUUGUGCGUGGUGGUCCAGAAAUCGUCCGUCUUGUCGGCUGAGCAGUGGAAAGCUAUGUGGAACAAGGCUUCCAAGAAGUUCCUCGGGAUCGAGAAACCCGUUGGACCUGGUCAUGCGGAGGACCGGCUGGCCACACUGUCUUGGAUGCAGGACAUAAACCACGGCUUGCGACCCAUUGGCUGGACUUUUGGCUGCUGCCAGAGCACGCCGGCCGGCCCCGCGGAGGACGACACGAAGGCUAAACGUGCACCGAUCAUGAUUUUGUGCACCGACCAAGAAGCAACACAGCUGGCGGCUGUCUCCUUCUUGAGGAACAAAAAGAGCCUCUGGAUCGAACACGUCUCGGACCCCGCCCACAGGUCGCACAACGACGUGGCUUUGGCCUUGUCGGCCGCUGGACUCCUGAAGUUCUGCACAUGGUGCAUCUCGCUGUACAACAUCAGGUAUGGACCCUGGCAGAAGGGCUCGUGGGCGUUGAAGAUCCAGCAAGCCGCAAAUCGCAUGAAGGACAACAUGGACCCCUCGGACCCGAUAUUGCUCCUUUUCUUCCCGGACAUUCUGCUGGACGCCGGCCUCUCCCCCCUGGACGACAACACGGAGGAGAAACGCAGGUCGUUUUUGCAGACAUUACCCGACAUGGACUGCAUCCGCAUCAAGGGCACGAAGGCCAGCAAGAGUCGGUUCAAUUCCCUGACGACGGCCCACAGCGCGCUGGACAAAGAGUGGUCGGUCUUGGCUUUAGUUCUCACGGUGGUCUGCUUGGAGCACAACUGGGCAGUUUCCACUAAGGACCUCUUCUCGCAGGACAGCAACCAGGCCCGUGCCUCGGUUCCAUAUGGUGGAAGCAAGUCUUCUGCCAUACAGGAGGCCAAGCAAGGCAUGGACCAGGAGCGGAAGGGCAGCGCGAACAGUCUACACUUAAUGACGAAGUUCGUGAUCUCGCAGGACAACAAGACGACAGCCAGGAUGAUGUUCCAGGUCUUGCAACCCGAAGAGCUUCGUUGUUCGCUCAUGCUCAAGCAGCUGCGUUCCAAAGGCAUGACGAAGGACUACUACUCUGGCUGGGCACACUGGUCUUGGAUGAGCACUGCAAAGGACCACGUCAGGACUUUGUCGAAUUUGGAAGGUUUAUCUCGUGUCGGCCUCGACCUGACACUGGCACGCGCACAACCCCCGGACGAGACAGAGCUUGUCUGGCAGGACUCGCUCGCAGGCCAAAUGACGCAGUUGACACUACAGAUCCUGCGGCUGCGGGCCGGGGCACAGCUGUACCAUACUGGAGGUUUCGGUGCGACCGCAGGACUAGUCCAUGCUGAAGAGCAGUUCCGUCGGGCAAGCUUGGAUUUUUUCAAAGAGAUGCAGUCUUGUAUCCAGGACACGCACAGUGGUCAUUUCUCCCAAGGGCCGAUUAGUCGGUACAUCCUCGCCGAUCUUUGCACUACCCGGUUUCAGAGCCUUACGGAGGACGUUGCACACGUAUUGACCAGCAUUUGGUCGGGCCUCUUGAACACGAAGAUCAUCGAAGACUGUAAUAAAGUCCAGCGCGAGGCCGAGCAACGACAUUCGUCUUCGAAGGACUUGGGUCGUUUGGACGGAUGGAAGGCUGUGACCCAACAGGCCGUGGUCAAGAUGUACGAGAGGGUGGAGGCACUGUCAACGGAGCUCUACCACACGCCGGCAGCGUUUGACGUGGCCAAACUUUUCUGCAAAGACACCGAGAAGAAGAAGAUUCAAGCAGUUCGUCGUCGUUCCGAUUCGUCGGUCAGCACGCAGGUCAGUGCCUCGGAGGUGCAGGAAGCACAGCUUCUUGCAGACGUGACGAAGACGAGGGACUGGGUCUCCCACAACCACGCCGAGGAACAGGAGGUUUUGGCUGCCUUCAGUUUACUGAUGAAGGCGUGGAGGGCCAAGCGAUGGUCGCUUUGUGAAGAAGGUUGGUGCUCUGGACUUUUGCCCGAAGGACAUGUUGUACUGGCAGGUGCAGACCCGUUGUUCAUCGUUCGGACAUACCGUUUGGCUGCACUCGCAUGGCCCGGCAAGAUCGUUAAGGACAAGGACCAUGAGUUUUUCGAAUUCAACAUGGGCGUUCGGUCUCUCUUUUGGAUGCACAGCACAUCUUUGGACUUGGAAGUGUUGCGGCUGCGAGUUGUUUCACCUCUGCGUGCCUCGGCUGCAGUACAGUUGAACAUUGUCAGCCCGACACGGACAUUCUCUACAUAUAUAUUCGUCCUAUAA